AUGAAUCAAAUACCCCUGGUCCAGGGUGCCUCAAUAUCAGGGUGUGAUUAUUUUUGGGACUCACACAAUGCGUGGCUAUCGCCUUGUGUAUUGCCCUAUCUGGCAUGCAUCCCAGCCAUUAUAAUACUGCUCGCUGCAUUGGGCCACAUACUUGGGAGCUACUUUAAGAGAUGGCGUCCUGAGUGGACUAUCCCUUUCGUAUCUGAGCAACAUGAUACUCAGGAGCUCCCGCUGGAUCGGCCAAAGCAAUCAUUGCAAUGGACUGCAGCUCUUCUUGUACUCUCAGCUACGGGUCUCUUGGCCGAGACUGUUCAAUUUGUCCCUCCAAGGAUUGGUGCUUCGGCUUUUGUACUUAUCGUCUCAUGGGCAACAGUAUCGAUUCUGGUCGCAGUCACGCGGCCCAGGCGUUGUUCUAUUUUGAUGCUCUCUUAUUACUUUCUGGCAUUUGUAAUUGAGCUCUCUCUGACGAGACACCCAGACGUGAGUCCGCAAUUCAAGAUCGUGGCUCGCUAUGUCGCCGCCGCCGCCGCAGCAGCAGCUUGUACAACAAUCCUCUUGAUGCCAUUCCGUGAGCCUGCAAUGCCAUCAAUAGAUAUCAGCGCUGUUGGUCAACAGCCAUCGAAUGACUUUCGCACUCCAGAAGAUAAUCUAAGGCUUUGGCAAUUUCUUACGGUCUCCUGGAUGGCACCGCUCAUCUCCACUGGGCGCAAAAGACAACUGCACGAGGGAGAUGUCUGGCUGCUUGGGUUUGACUUUCAGCACAGUCGUCUACAUGACAAGUUCCGUCGACUUCGUGGGUCUGUUCUCAGUCGGCUAGUGAGAGCUAAUGGAAUCGAUGUCUUUAUCAUCUCUGCAAUCUCGAUUAUACAACUCAUAUGUGACUUUUCUACCCCAGUAUUGUUGCAGCAACUAUUGCAGGCUAUGAAAGACCCCUCCCGACCAAAGCGCGUACCUUUGACCUAUGCCUUCCUAUCUUUCGCUCUGAGGCUGGUGGCGGCACAGUCCCAGGUGCUACUUCUGUGGUACGGAAGACGGUCUUAUGAAAGGUCAAGAGGUGAAAUGAUCAUGAUGGUCUAUGAGAAAGCCCUUUCACGAAAGAACAUCUUCGGGCUUAUGGUUGAGGGCGACACAGGUCAGCCCAACGGCGAAGACAACGGCAAUGUCAACGCCACUCCACCUGAAGAAACACAAGAACCUCCCGUCAAAGCCGUAAAAAGCUUCUGGCGUCAGAUCGUCCCACAUGGGCGAAAGACCCCACAGAAACAGGCCAAAGAAGCUGCGUCACUUGGCAAAAUUUUCAAUCUUCUCCGAGGGGAUGUCUACGAAGUUGCCCAGAGAUUUUGGGAGGUCGACUCGCUCAUCGACAAGCCGCUGGGACUUGUGAUCGCUACUAUCCUUGUCUGGACUCUCUUCGGCCCCUCUUGUUUCUUAGGAAUACUAGCAGUCCUAGUUGCACAGGCCGUGAACGCACUGGUUACUAGAGCCCUUCUCCGGUGGGAGCGAGUCAGACGAGCGGCAACGGAUACCAGACUCCAGAUCACUUCGCAAUUUGUCGAAGCGAUUCGCCACCUGCGCUGGUACGGGUGGCAGAAUCAUUGGCUCAAACAGGUAAUGGAGGCUCGACAGCAUGAGCUGACUAUCCGGAUUGUGACUAGUCUAUGGGGUAUCUUGAUUCGCACCAUCAACGCUUUCGCCAGUGGCGUCUUUCCAGUGGUUGCAUUGUACGCAUAUACCCUGUUGGCUGGCCAUGAUCUACGGAUCGAUAUCAUUUUCCCUGCAUUGCAGCUAUUCACAAUGCUCGAAACGCGCCUUCGGGAUAUUCCUGGUCUCAUCACCUCGCUUAUCAAUGCCUUCAUUGCCCUUGGACGUAUCGAGGACUUCAUGUCUGAACCAGACAAGGAACUUCUGCCCAUUGAAUCCUCUGCAGACGAGGAUCCACUAUCAAUGACGUCUUGUUCGUUUGCAUGGCCUGGGAAAAUCUCACCCGUCCUCAUUGACAUCGACGUCGUCAUACCCAGAGGGCUGACUGUUGUCACUGGCAAGGUUGGGGCUGGGAAAAGCGCAUUCUUGCAAGCCCUUCUAGGAGAACUAGAUAGGAUCAGUGGCUCAGCCCACGUUCCAAAUGAAAUGGUUGGAUAUUGCGCUCAAACGCCAUGGCUGCAAAGCAUGACUAUUCGGGACAACAUUCUGUUCUCCGCUCCUUAUCACGAACAGCGCUACAAGCGGACACUGGAAGCAUGUGCCUUGCUUCCUGAUCUAGCUCAGUUCAAACAAGGUGAUUUAUCGUUUGUGGGCGAAAAUGGAAUUGGUCUAUCAGGUGGACAAAAAGCGCGAGUAGCCCUGGCAAGAGCUGUCUAUAGCGCAUCGCGGGUCCUGCUUUUAGACGACCCAUUGUCUGCGUUGGAUCAUAAUACAGCAGAGCUGAUAGUCCGCAAGUGCUUUUCGGGGCCGUUGAUGAAAGACCGCACUGUUGUUCUAGUGACGCAUCGAACAACGUUAGUUCGUCAAAUUGCCGACCAGAUCAUUGACAUUUGUGACAAACGUGCCACUAUUUACGACAAGGAGUCAAUAAAGCUUGACGUGACCGAGACAGGUACUCUACAACCCAUUGGUCAUGAAAAUGAAACUGAAACUCAAGCCGAAAGCACUCUCGAGGAAGAGACAGCUGCUGUGCCUGAUAAAUUCAUUGAGGAAGAGCAUCGGGCAGAGGGAGGUGUCAAGGCUCGAGUUUACUGGAAUUACGUCAGAGCCGGAAAGUAUCGAUGGUGGUUAACCCUCGUACUCAUCCUGGCAAUCUAUCGGCUAAUGGCUGUUGGGCAAUCAUGGUUCCUCAAAGGAUGGGGAGAGGCCUAUGAGCGGACCACUGUUCUGAGGGACGAGAUGUCACCACAAGGCUCCUGGCUAGUCUCGGGGCUGAGCAUCCACACUUAUUUCAUGCCCCAAAACCCGAUAGACCAACUUCCGUCUCCGCGCGAAGAUGUGCGGCCUUGGCUAUGGGCAUUCUUUGCCAUAAUAUCUUUCCAAGCAGCUACACUUCUUGUUGCUCAGCUGUUGAUGUUGGUGAUCGUCUAUUGUGCUGGGCGGACAUUUUUCCGACAGGUCCUGGUCCGAGUCAGCCAUGCGACUUUCCGAUACUUGGACACAAUCCCGCUGGGGCGCUUGAUGAACCGCCUCACAUCUGACAUUGGAGUCGUCGAUGGCAAUAUCAGUGAGCAAUUCCAGGUGAUUGCAUUCCAGGCAAUUACCUGGAUCUCCUCUGUGCUGGUCAUCGCCACUGCUACCCCGAUAUUCUUGGUACUCUCCUUAGCUCUCACAGUGGCAUUUGUCUUGGUAUUCUUGCGUUUCCUUCCUACUUCUCAGAGCUUACGACGCCUCGAGAUGGUGUCCUUGAGCCCUCUCUUAUCCAAUUUCGGCGAGCUACUGCAUGGUCUGACCACUGUCCGAGCAUUCCAUGCAGAGUCACAGUUUCAAGCCCGGGUCAUAUCUGUAGUAGACAAGUUCCAAGGGAUGGACCAUUUCUACUGGUCACUCCAGAGCUGGCUCAUGUACCGGUUUGAGAGCCUGUCCGCUUUCUCGACCUUUUGCCUGACAGCUCUGGCUCUGUACACAAACACUACGCCAGGGUUGAUAGCAUUUGUGCUUAUUGCUGCCAACAACUUUGUGCAGUCCACACAUGCAUUGUGCAAACAGUACGGCCAACUUCAGAUGGACUUUGUCUCGGUAGAGCGAGUCGACGAGCUACUCCAUAUUGAAGAAGAAAGCCCAGGUACCGUGGAUCCCUCAGCCGCGUGGCCAACCUACGGCAAGGAUGUUGUCUUCGAAGAUGUAACUCUUCGUUACGCGCCACAUCUCGACCCUUCGCUUAUGAACAUCUCUCUUCGCAUACCCGGCGGAUCCACUACAGCAGUCAUGGGGCGUACAGGCAGCGGCAAGUCGACACUGGCAAUGUCGCUCCUGAGCGUCAUCAGACCGGAAUCUGGCCGUAUUCUCAUCGAUGGCAUUGACAUUGCCGAAGUUAACACACAAGCGUUGCGCACACGGGUUACCUUUGUUGCACAAGACCCCGUCCUUUUCCCUGGGAGUAUUCGCCUCAAUCUAGAUCCCACGGAAGACUACUCAGAUGAGCAGUGCACUGAAGUUCUAGACCGUCUGUGCAGUCGGCAUGGUUGGCAUCUCGGAACGCAUAUUGAGGCCGGAGGAAGAAACCUGAGUCAGGGCCAACGGCAACUUAUUGCUCUUACACGAGCGGUGCUUCGUCGGAGCGCGAUUGUCAUUCUUGAUGAGGCGACUGCUUCUGUUGACCAUGAGACGUCUCUUGACAUUCAGCAAAUUAUCCGGGAGGAGUUGCAGCAGUCUACUGUCAUCACGAUUGCGCAUCGCAUUGAAGCUGUUAAGGACGCGGAUUAUUUUGUGAUUUUAGAUCAGGGGCGGGUUUCAAGACAGGGACAUGUGCGAGACUUGUAA